GAUGAGGAAGGAACUGUACUAUUAUAUCCCGGGAGGAAGGGUUGAUGACGUCUGUGGCAUACUUAAUGUGACUUAUUGAAAAAAAGCAAGACUCUCUAUUCAUGGAUAAAAAUCCGAGGUAAUCGGAGCACAGCAGAAAAAGUUUUGUAAAAGGAUAUGUAGACAAACGAGUGGUGCUGAUUUCACCGAGGUUUUGUUUGGCAAAGUGUUUUUGUGUACUAUAUUGGUUAUUGUAUAAAAGUGCAGGGGCUGAAACGACGCGCACAUAAGCAAAAGACGGUGGCGCUUCAGGGAAGAGGUGCUGUGAGGAAGAUCUCUAUCUCUCUCACACAACCACAGCCGCACCCGAGUCGCAUCCAACAGCAUUUCUAUCUACCUACUCUGCAAUAGCAUGGCCAGAUCUAGUAAAGCGACUUUAGCGUUGCUCAUCUACGGAAUCAUGAUGCACUACAGCGCCUUCUGCACGCCUAUUGGGAUGACUUUUCCUAAGAUGAGACUAGACAAUGAUGUAUUUGACGAAGACGGAAACUCGUUAAGCGACCUGGCUUUUGGCAAUGAUCAAAUUUCUAUACGAAGUCCUCCAUCUCUCACGGACGACCUAUACACGCUAUACUAUCCUCCAGAGAAAAGAACGGAAAGGCAUGCAGAUGGAUUAUUAGAUAGAGCCUUGAGGGACAUCCUGGUUCAGUUAUCAGCACGAAAAUAUCUGCAUUCUCUGAUGGCAGUUCGCGUAGGCGGAGGAAGCAGCGAGGAAGACGAAUCGGAACCAUUAUCAAAAAGGCAUUCGGAUGGGAUCUUCACCGACAUUUACAGUCGCUACCGAAAACAGAUGGCCGUCAAGAAGUAUUUAGCAGCCGUCCUGGGAAGAAGGUACAGACAGAGAGUUAAAAACAAAGGACGUCGAUUUGCUUAUUUGUAGCGCUGACAAAACUGCCCCCAACUGCCCCUCCAUGUGUACAUUCAGUCCUAAGAUCAAAGUCAUUCUGAUAUAACUGAUUAAUCAGUGGAUCGCGCCUGUGUUCUUUAAACAUGUAUUUAUGUAUGAAGUAAAGCCAUUAAAAUGAAUAUUUUACUAAUAACAUUGUUUUUCUUUUUGUACAAAAGCACUUGAAACGCACAGUUAUACUUUGUGGACCAACAGUUCAGUUUCAUGUAUAUAGCUAUAUAUGUUGAAAACAAAAACCAUCAGGAGAAAAAAAAAAGAUGAAAAAAAAAAUGUGCACCUUGAACGUUAUGCGCCUGAUAUCUUUUCAAAUUCAUCAUCAUAUGCAGAAAAUAAAUAGAUUUUAAAAAGACAAUCAAAGUUCUGAAUGUUAUACUUAUUUUUGUAAUCUUCUAAAAGAAUAGUCUUAUUUUAUCCAAAGUCUGCCCAGGGAUGUAUCGGACGUACUCUGUAAAGUACAGGGCUGUUUCAAUUGUUGUGACCCCCCCAAAAAAGGAGGAGUGGGAAAUAUAGUUAGCUGGCAUGAUUCCCUCUUUCUUAGCCCAGAUGGAAUGUGAUUGUCCUGCCUGUGUUUGUGAUUGGAGACAGUAACCAGUAUGCCUGACUGGAAAAAAAUGACACUGGAGUAACUGAUAUACAUGUUUUUUGGGGGGCGGGUGGAUUUUCUUUCUAUUGUCUUUUUUUUCUUCAUCACCUCUAUGCAUGUUAUACUUAUAAUGUAGGCUAUACAUGCAUGUCCUUUGUUUCCCAUCCAGUUCAAUGUUUCCAUGCUCAUUGUAUUGGUCCCUCCAUCAGAAAUCACACACAGCCCAUAGAAUUAAACAAGCCCUAAAAUUCUAAUGCUUGCUCCUUCAAGCUCCAAAAACGUUUUGUGGAAUUGGCGUCUCUCUCAGUUCUUUGCAUGUCAUCAAUGGCUUUGUGACCAAUUUUUUUUUUUUCGAAUGCCUUAUUGUAAUGCAGAAGCUGGUAAUGUUUUAGGAUGUGCUCUCUGCAGUUAGGCUAAACCAAUAUAGCAAGUCAUUGGAUGACAUAAUGAUCUUUUGAUGCCACCACAAUUUUCCAACUAAAUGUGCCAUGAAGAAAUGAAUGCGGUGGAUGGUCCCCUCACAUCCAUGACUUGAUAGAGAAACUUUCUUCACUGGCACGAUUGGUCUUUAAUUCAGAUCAGAUAGGAUGAAGUAUUCUAAAUGGUUUCAUUCAUCGCCUCUUUGUAGAUCU